AAAAAUGUGGAUUAGAGGCGGAGCUGCAGUUUGUGUCGCCGCUCAAAGCCGCCGAGCUCCGCUCACACACUCACAGAGCCUGAGAGAGCGUCAGUGCGGGGAGAUGAAACCCGCUGCAGGUCCACAAACAGCAGCAGCAGCAGCAGAGGAAGCGCCGAGCCGAGCCGAGCCUUCACCCCGGGACAACACUCACCGUCCGGCGUCAUGCUGUUCCCUGCUCCCGCUCUCGUCUCACCGCCUGGUUCUCGGGUCACAGCUGAGUGAAAGAGAAAGUCCACACUGGAUCUGAAACCUACGCACUUUUUCUACUGUUUUUGUCUUUUCCCACAGUGGAUGAAAUCUUUAUUUUUCAAUUUUUUUUAACAGUAUAAUAAUCAUCAUCAUCAUCAUCAUCUCCAGCUGCUGCAGGUUUCUCCUUCUCAUAAUCUGGAUUAUCCCUGCGAGCAGGAACUAUGCUGGUGUUAUUUGUGAUCAGCGUGGCCCUGUGGUCAGUUUCAGGUUUGUCGAUGGAGCUGUUCCGUGUGGGUGUGGCUCCGCGCUGCGAGAGCCGGGCCUGUAACCCGCGCAUGGGGAACCUGGCGCUGGGACGCCGCGUCCUCACGCAGACCGUGUGCGGCAACAACGGCACCGAGCUCUACUGUGCGUACGCCGACCCCAACGCCAACCUGGCGUGUGGCGCUGCCAAGUGUGCCAAGUGCAACGCCGGCCUGCCGCUGCUGUCGCACCUGGCCGGCGCCAUGUCGGACUCCUCCUUCCGCCACCCGAACACCUGGUGGCAGUCGGCCGAGGGGGCGGAGUCGGAGACGGUGCAGCUGGACCUGGAGACGGAGUUCUACUUCACGCACCUCAUCGUCGUGUUCCGGUCGCCGAGGCCUGCUGCCAUGACGCUGGAGCGGUCGCAGGACUUUGGCCGGACGUGGAGGAUGCUGCAGUACUACGCCCGCAACUGCAGCGCCACCUUCGGGCUGGAGGAGGGGAAGGCGGGCGGGGGAAGGGACGGGGCCACCUGCACGUCCAAAUACUCGGGGGCGUAUCCCUGCAACCGUGGCGAGGUGAUCUACCGAACGCUCCCCAAGUGGGAGUCCCUGGAUCCGUUCGGAGCGGAGGGUCAGCAGCAACUGAGGGUGACCAACGUCCGCAUUCGUCUGCUAAAGCGCCAGCCGUGUCCCUGCCAGGUCAAAGACCCCGCUGCUGCUGCCGCCGCCGCUGCUGACGAACCUCUUCCGACCCAACACUUUGCCGUCUAUGACCUGAUCGUGAAGGGAAGCUGCUUCUGUAACGGACACGCCGAGCAGUGCGUCCCUGCGCUGGGAUACCAGCCCAUCAGAGACAGAACCAACCAUGUGGUCCAUGGAAAGUGUGUGUGCAGACACAACACCGCAGGUGAUCACUGCGAGCGCUGCGCUCCCCUCUACAACGACAGACCCUGGCAGCCCGCUGACGGACUGACGGGGGCGCCGCACGAAUGUCGCAAGUGCAAGUGCAACGGACACGCUCAGAGCUGCCACUUUGAUUGGACGGCAUGGCGCGAGUCCGGCCAGCGGAGCGGAGGCGUGUGCGACUGUCUGCACAACACCGCGGGACGUCAGUGUGAGGCAUGCAAGGCUGGGUUCUACAGAGAUCUGCACCGACCGCAAACCGCCCCCGACUCCUGCAAACCAUGCAACUGUCACCCUACCGGCUCCAUGGCGUUCCACUUGGCGGACGGUUCGCCCUGCGACCCGACCAACGGAAACUGCAUCUGCAAACCCGGCGUGGGCGGAGCCAACUGCGACAGGUGCAUGGUGGGAUACUGGGGUUUCCACGAGUACGGCUGUCGACCGUGUGACUGCGCGGGAGACUGCGACCGCUUCACUGGAGACUGUUUGUUUGGCUCUGAUCUGGACGUUUACAACAUGGAGGGAAACUCCAGUGAGACGGGGAGGAUCUUCAGAGUGGAAGAACUCUUCUCUGCCCACCAGUACUCAGAGAAGUGCGAGUGCAAAGAACAAGCGCUGACCAACAGUAAACUCUUCUGCACCAUGAAUUAUGCAUACGUGCUGAAGGUGAAAGUGCUGUCGGCCCACGAUAAGGGCUCCCACGCUGAGGUGGAGGUCAAAGUUCAGAAGGUGCUCAGCCAGAACACCAAGGUGAAGAUACAGCGAGGUCGCGUCACCCUCUACCCCGAGUCCUGGACCGCCCGGGGCUGCACGUGCCCCAUCCUCAACCCAGGUGGGGAGUACCUGGUGGCUGGACACACUGACCGCAAGAAGGGCCGCCUCUUGGUCAACAUGAAGAGCUUCGUCAAGCCCUGGAGAGCCAGCUUGGGACGCAAGGUCCUCACGCUACUCAACAAAGACUGCAACUGGUAGAGUGAGCGCGUCGUCGAGGGGACGGGCGGACGGACAAGUUUUU